AUGCUCCAGGACGUCGAGGACGCCUACACGCUUUACGAGAAUCCGGUCACAAAUCUCCUCCAUCUCCUGUCCAAUCCUCUCAUCCUCGCCCACACAGCUCCUCACCUCUCCGCUUAUGAUCGCCUGAGUCUUGCAUCCACGAGCCGAGCAUUCCGAGAACUUAUCAAUCACACAUCUGGUGUUUUCCGACACCUUGAUCUGACCCACGUCCGCGCGGCGCAGUUUGAAAUCGACGGCAUUGAUCGCGGUGGCGAAGUCUGGCGCAAUGUCCAACUCGAUGAGAAUCUGACCGAAGAUGACUUCUACUCUGGUCCGCUGAGAGGCAUCUUCUCUAGCAUCCGCCGACAGAAUAUCCUUCAAGAUGUGCAGACACUUAUCCUCGACGGCUUGUCCGUGACGGCUGAGCUCUGCCACGAAAUCAUCCUCAACUCUGCCUACAGCGUGCGAUUCCUGUCCGUCCGCGGCGCCAAAAACCUGAACGAGCGCAAGCUGUGCGCAUCUCUUCAAUAUGCCUGCAGGCCCUCACGACCAGAGGGCAUACCCCGGCUGAAGGGUCUGUACGUUUUCGGUGCCAAAGACACUCCUCUGCUCCCGUUGACGACAUCCGGUGUACCGUCUGGCACCCCUUCGCACGCAGCGCAGAUCAGCGCGGGAUGGAAUGCAAAGUCGCAGCAGGCGUUGUCGACUUCGCUGCGAGGCGAGGGAGAGGACUGGUACCACAGAAAGGGCCGAAUCAUCGCACGUCCGCUGGUUGAGGAGUGGGCCAACACUCUUGUUGACUGCCACGGCAUCAUUGCAUUCGAUGCCAUUGCGUGCACCGGGCCUCAUCACAUGAACUCGCUUGCAUAUGGCAAGGUAAGAACCCCGGCGACAGCCCGGCAUUGGGCCGUGGCAACAGUCGCUUUGGGCGGCUGUGCCGGGUGCGGUUCUGCACCCGAAGGCAUGUCAGUCCACAACGGGACUCCGGCGAUUCAACGCCCUCUCCUGUCACCUCCGCCCCUUUUGGCAUCGUCGCUCAAGGCCGCAACGGCACCGCAACUCUGUGCUGCAUCGGAAUCGUCCUUCGUCGCUCGAUGCAUCGACUGCCUCCGAGAGCGAUACUGCGGAGGCUGCAACAAGUGGUGGUGCGAGGAAUGCUACCAAACCCCCAGCGCCGUCACCGAGCUGGCCGACAACGAUGUCAUAGUCGUCGACGCCGAGGGCGGUGCUUGGGUUCAACACCAGGAGCACGAGAGCCAGCCCAAGAUCAAGGUACGAAAUGGCGCCUGCUUCCCGAACUGCCCCAUGGGCGAGGUCAUUGAUGCGCAGAGGGUGAUGCUGGGCUGA